CGCCGGCUCAGGCUCAGGCUCAGCACCCAACCCCACAGACAGCAUCGACCUCCAUUGGAGCCCGGCUGGGAGAGCAACGUGGCUCCGGGACAGUGCGCUCGCUCGCUGUGAGUGGGGAGAUACCUGGGGACAGCUGUCCGCGGACAUUACCCACCGGGGGUAGGCUGGCAUGCAGUGGCGUCACGCCACCCUUGGAUUUACUGAGCCAAUCGUCCUUCCGUUGAAUCAAACGCCACCAUGUCGCUGGAUAAGAAACCUCUGCGGGCAACUGUGCAAGCUGCCAUCGACCUCUCGUCUGGGGCAAUUGGCGGAGUUGCGUGCGUGUACACGGGCCAGCCCUUCGACACGGUGAAGGUGAAGAUGCAGACUUUUCCCAACAUGUACCGCAACGUGGUGGAGUGCGUGACAAAGACGUACCGGGUCCGGGGUGUCCGGGCCUUCUACCAGGGCACCACGCCCGCGCUCAUGGCCCACAUCUCGGAGAAUGCCGUGCUCUUCCUGUCCUACGGCUUCUGCCAGCGACUGGUGAGGAAUCUGUCGGGAAUGGACAGCAAGGCUGACCUCAGUGACCUACAGAAAGCUGCGUCAGGCUCCUUCGCAUCGGUCUUCGCCUCUCUGGCCAUUUGCCCAACCGAGCUGGUCAAAUGUCGCCUGCAAGCCAUGCACGAGAUGAAGACGUCGGGGAAACUGGCAGAGGGUCACCCCAGCACGGUGUGGGCGGUGAUCAAAAGUGUCCUGAAGACAGACGGGCCGCUGGGCCUGUACCAGGGUCUCUCCAGCACCUUGAUGAGGGAGAUGCCUGGAUACUUCUUCUUCUUCGGUGGUUAUGAGCUGGGCCGCACUUUCUUCACUCCAGCAGGACAAACGAAAGAUCAGCUCGGUCCCAUCCCCCUGAUGGUGAGCGGUGGUUUUGGAGGUGCCUGCCUGUGGAUCGCCGUGUACCCGAUAGACUGCGUGAAGUCACGAAUACAAGUCCUCUCCAUGGCCGGACAACAAGCGGGGUUCUUUAGUACAUUCCGAAAUAUUUUCAUGAAGGAAGGUAUUAAAGCAAUAUACUCUGGGCUAACACCGACCAUGAUACGAGCAUUCCCUGCCAACGGUGCCCUAUUCCUGGCCUACGAACUGAGUCGAAGAGCCAUGAUGAACCACAUGAGUAACUGAAGUGCAUUUGGUCGUGACUGUGCCUUACCUCGGGGAGUUUGGUUGUGCUGCAAGAAUUGACUUUAGGGCCCAUCUAGAUAUAAAACCUGGAUAUUCGGUAUUCCGUGUGGAAGUGGCAGGAACUGGAUUCAUUCAAAAGCAGCUGGACUUCAAAUUUGAGACACUUAAUUACUGCUGACAUCGACAUUUAAGUUUAAAGGGAAGCCUUGCUCCCGUGAUGCAUAGGAGAGAGAGAGAGAGAGAGACAGGAAUCCAAAGGUCCAGUACCACAAACAAGCUGGAAGAACAACAGUGCCAAUUUUUAUUAAUGUGUCAGGGUGGGUAACAAUGAGAGCAUUAUUUAGCUAUAUUUGUUAGAUUGUGGAUUGUCACUUUUCCUCAUUUUUGUUUUCCAAAUGAAUGCCAUUAAACUACCAUAAAGAUACAUGUUAAAA